CUCUUAUUUCUGUUAAUAAAUACUAUCUAAUUUUGAAUUCUACACAAAAUUAUAUAAUUUCUAAUUAAAAUUGUAAAACUAAUUUUAGAAUACAUUCAAGAUUGCUCUGUCAAUUUGGUAACUUCAUAAUAACACUUCUAGAAUUUGUUUCAACAAGAACAAAAUGUACAAUUUUUAGAAUGAAAAUGUAUUAUUUAUAAAAUAAAUAUAUCGAUUUAUUGCAAAUUAUAUAUCAUUUGCUAAUUAUCAUAUUAAAUACAAUAAUACGCAUCAAUAAUGAGUGAAAAUGUUCUUGAGAAGCAUUGGCUGAGUAAAGUUGCUGAUACUUUGUAACCAUUUGGAAUAGGUGGUUUAUCUGGAUGUGUGGCUACGUGUUUUAUUUAACCGGUUGACUUAGUCAAAGUUAGAAUCCAGCUAAAAUCAGAAAAAUUGGGUCCUAAUGCAGGUAGCGAGAUCAGUCCAUUUCGUGUCUUCUCUGAAAUCUUAAAAGAAGGAGGUGUGUUGAGUUUUUGGAAAGGAAUUGACUCAGCAUUAGCUAGAUAAGUAUUUUACACUACCACUCGUAUGGGAAUUUAUAAGACAAUGUAUUAAAGAUCAAAGCAAGCAAACAAUGGAAAAGAGCCUUCAUUUUUAGCUAAAUCUUGGUGUUCAAUUGUAGCAGGUUUCAUUGGCUCAUUAGCAGGUAAUCCAGCAGAUUUAGCUUUGGUCAGAAUCUAGGCAGAUAGCACGCUGCCUGUUGAAGAGAGAAGAGGAUAUAAAAAUGUUUUUGAUGCAUUUUAUAAAAUUGUGAAAGAUGAAGGAAUAGCAGCAUUAUGGAGAGGAUCGACUCCAACAGUUAUUAGAGCAGUUGUAAUUAACGUGGCAAUGUUGGGACCUUAUGAUGAGAUAAAGGAACAUUUAAAUCACUAUUUUGGAACCAAAGAUACUCAAUAAACUCGAUUAUUAGCAUCUGCAGCAGCUGGGUUUUUGAGUUCUUUUUGUGCUUUACCUUUUGAUAAUGCGAAAACAAAAAUGUAGAAAAUGAAAAAGGAUGCAGCAGGUGUAUAUCCUUAUUCAUCUAUUUUUGAUGCAAUUGGAAAAACAGCUAAAAGAGAAGGAGUUGUGGGACUUUGGGUAGGAUUUCCAACAUUUUAUUUCAGAAUUGCACCACACACUAUGAUUACUCUUUUAACUCAAGACUGGUUAACAGACAAGGUCAAUUCAUGGAGAAAAAAGAAACAUUGAAUAAUUAUCAUUCAAUACAAUAAUUAUAAAUUAUAUUAUUAUUAUUA